GAUUCCCACCACCCAGCUCUGUGUAAAAACACUAAAAUAACAUCUUCUCUACUAAAGCUGGCAUCUUGUAUAUAAAACAUUCAUUUAGAAUAUUUUAAGUAAAAAGGAUAAAAGUGCAAUAAAAAGGAUAAAAGUACAAUAAGGCUAUGCUGAAGAGCUCUUCUAGCUCAAUAAAUAAGGGACCACAAUCUGCCCUUUCUGGAGGGAAGUUAUUGCAGAUGAGGGUAGGUACUUUGUAAAUUUCCCUUUUACCCACCUAAGGACCACCUUUAUUGUCCCAUGUAACAAUUGCACUGCUGUUGGCAUGCUGAAUUCAGGUUGUGAGGAAGCUCUCCUGCCAUUUGCUGCUAGCAGUUUAUUUGUGUAACUUGGAAUUUAUCCAUUUCUGAAGUAUAUAAGAAACCCAUGCAACUCCUAUUAGUUGUUAGGUAGCUUGUGAGGUAAAUUUAGGUAGAGAACAAAACUGUGGUUAAACUACUGUCUAACUACACUACACUAAAACAUCAAUACCCUGUGUGAAGAUAACUGCAGAUUUGGGUUCUGCUUUCCCACAGAGCUAUGCCUGCAAAUAGCUAGCAGCCUGCUGUGUCCCCUCUAUCCCCCAGCACAUCCUAUGCAAAUCCAUGAGGGAGGGGUGGAGGGAAGGAUGGAGGAAGAGCGGUGCAGUGACACCAGGCACAGUGUGUUGGACAUUGGAUGAGCAGAGCAUUUCCCUGUCUGGAGUCUCACAAGUCAGUCAGGGUUAGAGCACCUGCCCCAUCUAUGGACUACCUAGAACUUUCUUGGCUAGAUAUUCCUAUGAACCAGCAGGACAAGGACUGUCCAACAACGUACCUGUGUGGAGUAUCCCAGAGCCUGGGCCUUCAGGUGAAAGCUGAACCCUACAGCCCCACCUUUCAGAUGGACACAGGAGGUUAUUUCAGCCCAGGAGGACUGUCUGACACCAGCAGCAGUUAUGGUGUAUCUGUUGGGGGUCAGUCUCAAGGCAUUGACUCUCCUACUGCCCUUCUGGGGUUUUCUGACUCUGGGGAUAAGAUGCUUGCAGACAGCCCACCAUCCCUUGGAGAAGACCCAACAAUGCAAUGUACACUACGGUCUGUUCCAAAGCGUCUCUGCCUGGUCUGUGGGGACACUGCUUCUGGAUAUCACUAUGGGGUAGCAUCUUGUGAGGCAUGUAAGGCCUUCUUCAAACGCACCAUACAAGGUAAUAUCGAGUACAGUUGCCCAGUAGUAAAUGAUUGUGAAAUCACAAAGAGAAGAAGGAAGUCUUGUCAAGCCUGCCGCUUCCGAAAAUGCCUGAAUGUAGGCAUGAUGAAAGAAGGUGUGAGACUGGACCGUGUUCGGGGGGGUCGACAGAAGUACAGACGCCCUGUGGAAGUGGAUACAGCAGAUCCCUGUUCCUAUAUUACGUCUCAUCACUCAGUCUUAGGGAAGAAGACAAUGAACAAGGUGGUGUCACACUUAAUCCUUGUGGAGCCGGGAGACAUUUUUGCUACUCCAGACCCCAGUGUUCUAGACAAUGACCUCUGCACACUAACCACUUUAUGUGAACUCAUCAACCGUAAACUCCUGAUGACCAUUGGCUGGGCCAAACAUGUUCCAGGUUUCUCUAUACUAUCACUUGCAGACCAGAUGGCUCUGCUGCAGAGUGCGUGGAUGGAAAUUCUGGUGUUGGGGAUAGUCUUCCGAUCUUUGACAUUGAGUGAGGAAUUGGCUGUGGCAGAAAACUUUCUGCUUGGCCGGGAACAGUGCAGGAACACCGGGCUGCUCCACCUUUACACCGUGUUGCUUCAGUUAGUGAAGAAAUACAAAAAGACCAGGCUGGACAAGGAAGAGUUUGUCACACUUAAAGCAAUGGCUUUGGCCAACUCAGACUCAACUAACAUUGAGAAUAUGGAGGCUGUUUUGAGCUUACAAGACCACCUACACGAGGCCCUGCAGGAUUACGAAAGGGAAAACCAUGGAGAGGACAAUCACCGCUCUGGAAAACUUCUCAUGACUUUACCUCUGCUGCGUCAGACGGCCAAUGAGGCUGUACGCACCUUUUGCCAGAUCCGACUGGAGGGGAGAAUCCCCAUGCACAAACUCUUUCUUGAAAUGCUGGAGGCAAAAAUGUGACUGUCUGAUCGUCUCAUCUUACUCUCUGAAGACUGAGCCAAAUUGCAACAAACCAAAAUGCAGGGCAAAGUUGACUGAUGUGGUGUCCAAAGUUUUGUGACCACAUGGACUGUUUAUUGAAAAAAAUAACCCAAGCAUCCCAUACCAUGCUCCUGGAAUUGUGGGUUAACAGUGAGAUGUAACUGCAGAGUCAAAAAUGUAAAUAGAUAUUUUGCCAAGAAAAACUAGUUCAUGUUUGCUGUUUAGCUGGCAUAAUGUUUUGCAAAUUAUAUCACAGAUGUAUUUCAAUGUAUUGGCAUUUUGGUAGCCCUCUUAUUGUUGAUGUAUAUGUGGUAGAUAUGAUUUACAUUGAGGCAUUGCACUUGCCAGGAAGUGUCUGCAUAAAAGCAAGGUCUGUGGAAGGAAGUAAAGUUUAAUGGCUGAUUCCAAUACCAUAUACUGUUUAAAAUUAAGAACUGCAUGCCAAUAUUCACCUGUUUUCUAUGAUCUAUUCCUCAGCAAAGAAAAACCUAAAAAUCUAUAAAAUGGGCAUAUCUUAAAUAAGACUGGAUCCAAAAGCAAUCAAUCACAGUUUUUUUCACAGAAAGUAAUAGCAUAAAUAAUAAUAUAAUAUAAAGAGUACAAGAGUCAAUAUCAGUUGCCUAAAUGAAAUAUCUUACAACUUACUGGGCUGGUGCCUAGUGAAAAUUAUUUUGUUCAGAAUUUAGUGAAUCACAAUGAUUCCUUCCACGUUGAAAAGAUUUCCAAUCAAAGGAAUUUCACAUACAAGUUUAAGUUACAUAGUAAAUUGGGUUGAAAAAAGAAACACGUCCAUCAAGUUCAACCUUUUAAAAAAAAAAUUACCUGCCUAACUGCUAGUUAUGAAGACUAGUCACUUUAUAUACCAGAUAUUUGCAGCUAAAGCUGGCCACAGACGCAAAGAUCCGAUCGUAUGAAUCAAUGUACAAUCAGACUUCCCCAUCUCCGGACC